AUGCUACUUAUUCCUUUUAAGAUAUUCAUUUAAUUAAGCGGAUUUUCAGCGAAAUAGUCAGCAUAAAUAUUUUUUCCAGUUUUUGCUUGCAUCUUUAUCAAACUUAAAUUUGAGUAAUAUGAACAAAUCAAUCGUUAAUAUAUACUAUGUAGCUUUCAAGUCUUUAAAAAUACCAUAAUAUUCAAACUACUUAAACGCUGUUAGUAAAUUGUUGUUAAUUGA